CUUCAAUAGUUAAAAAUGGUGUUUUUGGAUAUUGAGAUGCAAGGGAAUGUGGUUGUCCCUCCUGAUCAGCUCGACUCCAAAGGGCUUCUGCUUCGUAAAGGUAUAAUUCUCCGCCUCCUUGAGGACAUUGCCGGCAGGAAAGCAUCAAAAGAGCAUGGCUACUAUAUCGCAGUCACUACUCUAAACUCUGUCGCUGAGGGUCGGGUUCAAGAGCUUACAGGCAGCGUCGGCUUCCCAGUUUCCUUCAGAUGCAUCACCUUGAAGCCUUGCAAGGGCGAGAUACUCGUAGGAAUUGUCGAUAAGGUUCUGAGGCAUGGCAUAUUUCUGAAAUCCGGACCAAUAGAGAACAUUUUUCUGUCAGAAAAGAAGAUGCAAGAUUACAAAUUCAUCAUGACUGAAGAUCCCAGCUUUGUGAAUGAUAAGCAGCAGUCAAAAAUGGAAUAUGGCUCCAGGGUGAGGUUCAAAGUCCUUGGGAUUAAGUGGAUGGAAUGGGAUAGAGGGUUCCAGAUGCUUGCAACUCUUGCAGGUGACUUCCUUGGACCUAUUUGAGCUUCUGCUUCUGCAGCUGAGCCAUUUCUAUAGCUUCGUUUGGGACGGCUUUCUUACUGCUUCAUAAAGCAGCUUUUCAGUACGAAAAUUAAAGCUGCUUUAUGAAGCAGUAAGAAAGCCGUCCCAAACGAAACCUAUAUCGGUGUGCUUCUUAUUCAAUUCCUCCAACUUUGUUGCAAAAUUAAGAACUAUUGUUAGCUUAAAUAAUGUAUUUUUUAGCUGGCAAAAAAAAAAAGUUGUCGUUACAUCUCAACUCUUGGAUUAUUCAGAUAGCUUUGCUUAUAGUGCAUCUUUGAGGCUAUCUACUGCCAAAACUGAUAGGGUAUUGAGCAAUGAUUGAGACGCCAUACAUAUCCUCUUCU